AUGCAAAGGCUAUUAAAACGGCUAAAAAGCCCGUCGCUGAAGCUGGCGACGCGGCCCGGGUCACAUCGAGGCUACGCAUCCGCCAAGCGCCCGGCCAACGGGCCAAGGCCCGCGCUGGAUAUCAAACACAUCCGCCAAAACCCGGAGCUCUAUGAGACAACGUGCAAGGAGCGCCUGUACACGGCGCAGGCCUCCCACCCAGCCAAAAUCAUUGCCCUAAGCGAGCAGCUCGUACAGCUGCAGCACAGCGGCCGGGGCCUGCGCGAGCGCGCCAACCUGCUGCGGCGGGUGCUGGCCAACCCGGCAACGCUGACCGACGACAGCACGCUCGAGGACCUCAAGGCGCUCAGCCGGGAGGAGCUGCACGCCGACGCGCGGCGCAUCAAGGAGGAGCUGGCGGCCAUUGUGCAGUCCGAGACGGACGCGCAGCGCACGCUCGAGGAGCUGGCCCUGCAGCUGCCCAACCUGACGAGCGCCGAGACGCCGCGCGGCGCCGCGCCGCGCGUGCUCCGCUACAUCAACGACCGCCCGCUCUUUGACGAGGAGGGCCGCAGCAGCAGCAGCGGCAGCCAGCACAUCUGGCGCUCGCACGUGCACAUUGGCGCCGAGCUCGGCAUCCUCGACUUUGCCAGCGCCGCCACCGCCUCCGGCUGGGGCUGGUACUACCUCGUCGGCGCCGCCGCGCAGCUCGAGCAGGCGCUCGUCCAGUACGCGCUCGCCGUCGUCACCCGCCGCCCCGGCUGGACGCCCGUCGCGCCCCCGAGCGUCGUCUACGCGCACGUGGCCGCCGCGUGCGGCUUCCAGCCGCGCGACCAGCACGGCGAGCAGCAGGUGUACGCGCUCGCGCAGUCGGCCGCCGACGCGGCGGCCGGCGCGCCGGCGCGCGCCCUCACGGCCACGUCGGAGAUUGCGCUCGCGGCCAUGAAGGCCGGCGCGACGCUCGACGCCGCCGAGCUGCCGCUCAAGCGCGUGGCCGUGUCGCGGUGCUACCGCGCCGAGGCGGGCGCGCGCGGCGCCAGCACGCGCGGGCUGUACCGCGUGCACGAGUUCACAAAGGUGGAAAUGGUGGCGUGGACGCGCGCCGACGCGGCGGCCGCCGCCGCCGUCUUUGACGAGAUGCUCGCCGUGCAGAGCGAGAUUGUCGCCGCGCUCGGCCUGCACGCGCGCGUGCUCGAGAUGCCCGCGCACGACCUCGGCGCCUCGGCCGCGCGCAAGGUCGACAUGGAGGCCUGGUUCCCCAGCCGCCAGGAGCACAGCGACGGCUGGGGCGAGGUCUCGUCCGCCAGCAUCUGCACCGACUACCAGACGCGCCGCCUGCAGACGCGCGCGCGCACUGGCGGCCACGCGGCCGGGGGCGGCGCCGGCGGCGCCGACGUCGAGUUUCCGUGGACGCUGAAUGGCACGGCGCUGGCGGUGCCCCGCAUCCUGGCCGCGCUGCUCGAGGUCGGCUGGGACGAAAAGGCAAAGACAGUGGCGAUCCCAGAGUGUCUGCGGCCGUGGAUGGACGGGCGUGACAAGAUUGGGCCGCCGACACACCGCAACAAGACGUCAAGUUGA